AGCUUGUCCUCUAGGCACUCCUGCUGCAGGAUGAAUUAGGAAUUCAAGGCCUCUUCCUCUGAACCAUGGAGACAAGGGCAUCUUUCAUUGCCGCCAUGCAAGAGACCCAGCAUUUCUCUCCAGAGAAGGGUCAGAGCCCAGCCAAUGGCAACAGGGAGCACUUUGAUUCAGAUGAGGGCUCCAGCAUUGAGGAUGCAGACUUCAACUGGGAUGAGUUCCUGGAGGAAACAGGAACGAGUGCUGCUCCCCACACCUCCUUCAAACACGUUGAAAUCAGCCUUCAAAGCAGUUUCCAACCAGGGAUGAAAUUAGAAGUGGCCAACAAGAGCAAUCCGGAUACAUAUUGGGUGGCUACGAUCAUUACAACAUGUGGACAGCUCUUACUGCUUCGCUACUGUGGCUAUGGAGAUGACCGCAGGGCGGAUUUCUGGUGUGACGUGAUGACAGCAGAUCUUCACCCCGUUGGUUGGUGUACGCAGAAUAACAAGGUCCUGAUGCCUCCAGAUGCAAUCAAAGAGAAAUACAUGGACUGGACGGAGUUUCUCAUACACGAUUUGACCGGUGCCCGGACUGCACCUGCAAAUUUACUGGAAGGC